CGCUACUAUCCACACUUCCCCAGCUCGCGGGAAAAAGCCAAAGCAGCAGCCAAAGAACCCACCUUUUUAGAAAUCGGAACAGGAGAGAGGGGAAGGGAGACGCCGAAGAAGCCGCGAGACUGAUGGCCGGCGUCCAAAUCCGGUAGCCGGGCGCUUGCCCCUUCGAUUUCAUCUCCCCCUCGUGGAGCCUGCCGAUGAGAGGAAAUCUCCAGGGAGAUUUGGCAGGAUGAAUGGGUAAAUAAAUUGGAUUUUGCCCGGUUAAUGCCUUCCAAGAUUGCUCCUUUGCUGCGGGGUUGCGGUUCGGGCAUGGGGACCAAGGGCGCGGCGGCACCGGGGGGCGGGGCCAUGGCGACGCCCGUUGCUAUAAUUUCUUGCCCCGUUUCGCCAAAUCCCUCGGGUUGUUGCCUCCUAACCCCGCAAUCCCUCGCCGGUUGGUGAUCAAUCCGGCUCCUGAUUUGGAGUUUCUUCUUGGGACCCAGGGUGGGCGUUCCAUGCCCGGUUCGCUCGUGCAUUAAUACUAGCCGCUUCUUGGAUAGGAGUAGCUCUCUCUUCUCUUCUCUUCUCGUCUUGCUCUUGAGCCUUGCCCUUGCCCCUCUUCUCUUUGGCUUUUCUUCUUGCGGUUGUGUGUUAUGAUAAGAGCUCUCCGGCGAGGGGGCGUCUCGAGGAAUUCGCGGCGUUGAUUGAGAUGGCUUGCUUCGGGUGCUUCUUGCCGGAGGUGGACGACGACCUCAAGCCAUCCAAGCCCAAUUACCACUCUUCAGACGAAUCAUCAGCAGGCGCCGAUGCGAGGAGAAAGGUCGCGCCUUUGGCGCCGGAUGGGGGGAACGGCUACGCGCACAGCUUCACCUUUAAGGAUCUGUCCGUGGCGACAGGCUACUUCAACGAGGCAAAUUUCAUCGGCGAGGGUGGCUUCGGGAAGGUGUACAAGGGCAAGAUCAAUGGGCAGAUGGUGGCAGUGAAGCAGCUCACUCAGGACGGUGUACAGGGGAGGAACGAAUUCUUGGUGGAGGUGCUGAUGUUGACCGUGCUCAACCAUCCUCAUCUCGUCAGUUUGGUCGGCUUCUGCGCGCAGGGUGACGAGAGGCUGCUGGUGUAUGAGUACAUGCCAUUCGGCAGCUUGGAGAGCCAUCUCUUCGAUGUUCCUGUUGGCAAGCAGCCACUCGACUGGAAUACCCGCAUGAGGAUAGCUGUUGGAGUGGCAGAAGGGCUUUCGUAUUUGCACAAUGUGGCUGAUCCUCCUAUAAUUUACCGUGACAUGAAAGCUGCUAACAUUCUGUUGGAUGAGGACUACAAACCAAAGCUCUCUGAUUUUGGACUAGCAAAAGUUGGACCAGUUGGUGACAGAACUCAUGUCUCCACCAGGGUCAUGGGCACUUAUGGCUACUGUGCCCCUGACUAUGUGUUGAGUGGUAAGCUUACCAUGAAAUCUGAUAUAUACAGUUUUGGUGUUCUCCUGUUGGAAUUGAUCACUGGAAGAAGGAUCUAUGAUGCUUCAAGACCUAAACCAGAGCAGAGUUUACUAACAUGGUCAAGACCAUUUCUGCAUGACAAGAGGAAAUUCCACAGGCUCGCUGACCCGGCUCUGCAGGGCUGCUAUCCAACAUCUGCACUAAAUCAGUUGGUUGUGAUCAGCAUCAUGUGCCUCCAAGACCAGCCCCACGUCCGCCCAAUCAUCUCUGAUGUUGUGAUCGGCCUGAACCAUGUCGCAAGCCAACCAUACGUCCCUGAGCGCUCCUCGGUGUCCCUGAGUUCCCCAGCAAGGUGUGGGUCACCGCAAUUUGCCGGCACACCAUCGAGAAGGCGAGCCGGUAGAAGAGUUCCACAGUAUGCAUAGCCUAGACUACAUGCUUGUCUCGAAGAACAGCAACAUCUCAGUCUGGUGAGACGGGUAGAUAGUUGAAACUGUCAAAAAUGCCAUAUAGUCAAAGCCUUGAUUCAAGAACUGGUCUUUAGCGACCUGGUUGACACAGUUUGCUGAGACUGGUGAUAGUUGAAGCUGACCAUGACUGUUGUUCUUUCAUUUCCUUUUAUUGUUUUCCAGUUCCUUAAUCCUGUUGCCAGUGUAUAUAGCAUCGGUUGUCCCCUGCUUGGGCAACAGCCAACAGACAUGCAUAAGUCCAGACUAGAAGCAUGGGAACAAUGUACUUAAUUGGGAUUUUGAUCAGGUUCUUAAUCAUGUACAAAGCUCUCAUGCCUUGCUGCAUAUUAUUGCCUUCUUGUGGAUGGAACAAA